AUGACAUCCUGUGACUAUCUUGAAUGUGAGAAAAACAUCAUUAGCAAAUUAGAUUUUCCAGUACAUCUGGGGACACAUACAGAGCAAAGACCCUACUCAUGUAACCAGUGUGAGAAAUCCUUCAGCUAUGGGUCAGACCUUACAGUCCAUUGGAAAACUCACACAGGUGAGAAUCCUUACAAAUGUACUGAAUAUGUUCAAUCAUUUUACCAAAAAUCUGACCUCAGAGACCCUCAGAGAAUUCACACAGGGGAGAAAGUUUAUGAAUGUACUCAGUAUGGAACAACUUACAGCCGGGAGUCAAACCUCACACUAAAUGAGGCUGUCGACACUGUGGUGAAACUCUAUGAAUGUAAUCAAUGUGGAAAAACUUUUCGCCAGAAAUCACACCUCACUCGACAUGAGAAAAUCCACACUGGGGAGAAACCCCAUGAAUGUAAUCAAUGUGGAAAAACCUUUGGCCAGAAGUCCAACCUCAGGAAUCAUCAGAGAACUCACACAGGGGAGAGACCCUAUGAAUGUAAGCAGUGUAGAAAAACCUUUUGCUGGAAGUCACAAUUGACAUAUCAUGAGGCUGUCCACACUGGGGAGAAACACUAUCAGUGUAAGCAGUGUGGGAAAACCUUUUAUCAGAAGUCAGGUCUCAGGAAACAUCGAAGAAUUCACACUGGGGUACCACCCUAUGAAUGUAAUGAAUGUGGAAAAACCUUUGGCCAGAAGUUCAAUCUCAGGAAGCAUCAAAGACUUCAUAUAGAGGAGAGGCCCUACAAAUGUAAUCAGUGUGGAAAAACCUUUUUUUGGAAGUCACAACUGAGUCAACAUGAGGCUGUCCACGCUAGAGAGAAACACUAUGAGUGUAAGCAGUGUGGAACAACCUUUUAUCAGAAGUCAGAUUUCAGGAAACAUGAAAGAAUUCACAUUGGGGAACCACCCUAUGAAUGUAAUGAAUGUGGAAAAACCUUUGGCCAGACGUUCAGUCUCAGGAAGCAUCAAAGACUUCAUACAGGGGAGAGGCCCUACAAAUGUAAUCAGUGUGGAAAAACCUUUUGUUGGAAAUCACAACUGAAUCAACAUGAGGUUGUCCACACUGGAGAGAAACACUAUGAGUGUAAGCAGUGUGGAAAAACCUUUUCCCGAAAGUCCAGUCUCAGAAAACAUCAGAAAACUCACACAAGUGAGAAAUCCUAUGAAUGUAAUGAAUGUGAGAAAACUUACCAGAAGUCCUACCUCAGGAAACAUCAAAGAAUUCACACAGGGGAGAAACCUUAUGGAUGCAAUCAAUGUGGAAAUCCCUUUUCCCAGAAGUCAGACCUCAGGAAGCAUCAAAGAAUUCAUACUGGGGAAGAACCCUAUGAAUGUAAUGAAUGUGGAAAAGCCUUUGCCCAGAAGUCAGACCUCAGGAUACAUUAGACAAUUCACACAGGAGAGAAACCCUAUGAAUGUAAUCAAUGUGGGAAAACCUUGGCAGGAAGUCACAGCUGA